UACAUGUUCUUAUAAUGUUUACAAUCCCCAGUACAAGCUAAAGGCCCUGCAGCAACACUUAAAAAUUAAUGAUCGGUAAAAACGGUCCAGAAUAUGUUUUCAGACUACUUAAACAUUCAAAAGUGGUUCCUUCCGGCUCAGGUAUAAUAAAAUCCUUUGUAGCACCUGCUUGUUAUACUCAGUUCAUUUAGUUAUGGUGAAGCUACCACAGGUCAAUGUAGGGAUGAAUCUGACAACCAGCAAAAGCCAAUUUCCAAUGUCUUCACUCAACAAUGGAGACGACCGUAAAUUCAGCUUGGGAGGAUGUAGCAGUUAUGAUACUGACAGCGUGGCCUCACGAAGCUCCGUGGUCUUCUCUGGAUAUGACACGUUGGAUAUGCCACCAAGUUAUGACUUCUAUUCGAAUACUGAAGUUUUUGGAAGAACAAAGAAGUCAAGACCUUCUCUCUUUCAACUUCACACCAACCCUCAGGAUGACCCCUCUCCACCUCCUCUGUAUGAGAACAGCGUGGACAAAACGAGUCCUGAGGAAGAGGAACCAACAGAACCACCACCAGAACCGACUCGGUUUGGGUGGGCUCAGGGUGUCAUGAUCCGUUGUAUGCUGAAUAUCUGGGGAGUUAUUCUGUACCUGAGGCUUCCUUGGAUCACAGCUCAGGCAGGGAUUGGUCUGACGUGGGUUAUAAUCUUGCUGUCCUCAUCUAUAACGGGCAUCACAGGACUGUCUACAUCAGCUAUUGCCACAAAUGGCAAAGUUAAAGGAGGAGGAACAUAUUUCCUGAUCUCUCGUAGCUUGGGCCCAGAGUUGGGCGGCUCAAUCGGGCUUAUAUUUGCAUUUGCUAAUGCAGUGGCUGUGGCAAUGCACACCGUGGGUUUUGCUGAAACCGUGCAGGCUCUCAUGCAGGAUACUGGGGUUAGCAUGGUAGACCGGCUGAAUGAUAUCCGCAUCAUUGGAGUGAUUACUGUCACCUGUCUGCUGGCCAUCUCAAUGGCUGGAAUGGAAUGGGAAUCCAAGGCCCAGGUAUUGUUCUUCUUGGUCAUUAUGAUCUCCUUUGCCAGUUACAUUGUGGGUACCAUCAUGCCAUCAACUGAAGAUAAGCAAGCCAAAGGAUUUUUUAGCUACAAAGCUGAUAUAUUUGCGACAAACUUUGUGCCCGGCUGGCGUGGUCCGGAGGGGAGUUUUUUUGGCAUGUUUUCCAUCUUCUUCCCCUCAGCUACAGGCAUCCUUGCGGGGGCCAACAUCUCUGGAGAUCUUAAGGAUCCUAAUAUUGCUAUACCCCGUGGUACAAUGCUGGCUAUUUUUUGGACCACUAUAUCCUACCUCAUUAUCUCAGCUACUAUUGGCUCUUGUGUAGUCCGUGAUGCCUCUGGUUUGAAUGAGUCCUUUAUCUCAACUAUGUCUCACGGGGACUGUGUGGGAGUUGCCUGCAACUAUAACUGGGACUUUAGUGAAUGCUUUAACAACAAGACUUGCCCUUAUGGACUUAUCAAUAAUUAUCAGACUAUGAGCUUGGUGUCUGCAUGUGCACCUCUCAUCAGCGCUGGCAUUUUUGGAGCCACACUUUCUUCAGCUCUGGCUUGUCUGGUGUCCGCCCCUAAAGUUUUCCAGUGCCUUUGCAAGGACAACCUGUAUCCAGGCAUUGGAUUUUUCGGCAAAGGCUAUGGAAAGAAUAAUGAACCGUUGAGAAGCUACUUGCUAGCAUAUAUCAUUGCUAUAUGCUUCAUUCUUAUUGCUGAGCUGAACACCAUCGCUCCCAUCAUCUCCAACUUUUUUCUCUGCUCCUACGCCCUCAUCAACUUUAGUUGCUUCCACGCCUCCAUUACUAACUCACCAGGUUGGCGUCCAACGUUUCGAUUCUACAGCAAGUGGUUGUCUUUGCUAGGAGCAGUGGUGUCUGUGAUUAUCAUGUUUCUGUUAACCUGGUGGGCUGCUCUUAUAGCCAUUGGCAUUAUCAUCUUCCUGCUGGGAUAUGUGCUGUAUAAAAAGCCCAAUGUCAACUGGGGUUCGUCUGUACAAGCCAGCUCGUAUAAUAUGGCACUAUCUCACUGUGUAGGUCUUAACCAAGUUGAAGAACAUAUAAAAAAUUACAGGCCACAGUGUCUGGUUCUAAGUGGGCUGCCUUGCAUGCGUCCUGCCAUUGUGGAUUUUAUCAGCACCUUCACCAAAAACCAGAGUCUGAUGAUAUGUGCAAACGUUAUUACAGGUGGACCCUCACCAGGUGCGGUGGAAUCGGGCAACAGCACCACUCAAUUAAACUGGCUAAACAAGCGGGGCUUAAAGACGUUCUACCACACUGUAGUUGCCGAUGACCUUCGCACUGGUGUGAAAAUGAUGCUGCAGAGUACGGGUUUGGGUCGGAUGAAACCUAAUGUUUUAGUUGUAGGAUUUAAGAAGAACUGGCGUAAAGGUCAACCAAGCAACAUGGAUAACUAUAUUGGGAUUUUACAUGACGCAUUUGACCUUCAGUAUGGUGUAUGUGUACUUCGGAUGAAGGAAGGUCUUGACAUUAGUCGAACAAUGCAGGCGCAUGUGAAUCUGGGGUUCGAGACAUCUGGAGAGCAAGGAAUUGGCACGAAAAGCCCUGCUGAUACUACUACUACAACAACCACAAUUGAUACAUCAUGUGUUGCAGUGGAUCCUGUUACACUAAUGUCCAUGUCACAGCCCACCACUGUGUUUCAGUCAAGGCAGGGAAAGAAGAACAUUGAUGUUUAUUGGUUUUCUGAUGAUGGGGGUCUGACUCUACUUGUGCCUUAUCUCCUGACCCGUAAGAAGCGCUGGGCCAGAUGCAAAGUAAGGUUGUUUGUGGGUGGUGACGUCCAAGAGAUUGAGGAACGGAAACAAGAGCUCAAAGGUCUGAUCGGCAGGUUUCGUUUGGGUUUCCGGGAUAUCCAAGUCCUUCCAGACAUCAAUGGCAAACCACAGUCUGAACACAUAAAGAGAUUUGAAGAUCUUAUAGCUCCGUAUAGAGUAAGCACGAUCCAAAAGAAUGAUCAAGAAGCUUAUGAGACAACAAAUGGCUAUCCCUGGAUGGUGUCUGAUGAUGAUAUGGAAAAGUUCAAAGCUAAGUCCCUUCGACAGAUACGACUGAAUGAAGUUAUUCAAGACUACUCCAGAGAUGCGGCGUUGAUUGUUGUAACCAUGCCUGUGGGGAAAAGAGGGGCUUGUCCUAGUGCCCUUUACAUGGCAUGGCUAGAAAUUGUGUCACGUGACCUUCGACCUCCGGUUCUUCUUGUCAGAGGCAAUCAAGAGAAUGUCCUUACGAUGUACUGCCAAUAAACAACACAUUUUCCUGACAGAACUGUUGACAUAAAUACAUCCAGUGGAAAGAAAAUCAACUCUUUGUUAAUGGGUUUCAGAUUUGUAUUCAUUUGUAUUGUGUUUAAUGCCCAUGAUGUUGUUUAUAAGGUUUUUUGUCCAUAUUGGAAACCUGUUAAUUUGCUAUAUAAAAUGUUAUAUAUAUAUAUAUAUAUACAGUAUAUAGGCAGUUCUUGCUGCUUUUGAUCUUAUGCACUUUCUCCAGAAGCAAUAAUGUUUAGUCAUGUAGUUUCUUUUUCAGGUGUAAUAAUUAAUUUACAAGUCUUUCUGUUAACUCAAAUGAUCUCAAUUUAAAAUCUAAACAAUUUUCUUACAAAAGAAUGUUUUAUCAAUAAUCUCAAUAAUGCAAACAUGUACAUGUUGCUCACAUAUAUGUUGCAUAAUUAAUAAUGAAAACAGUAUAAUCUUGAGCAAUUAAAUGUUAUGAGCAGCUGUAAUAAACACAGAAGAUUAAAUAUUACUGAAUAUAUUUAAUAAAUUACCACCUGUAUAUUAAACACAUUAA